AUGCGCGUCCGUCUGCUGCUGCUUCUUGUGGCCGCGGCUGCCGCUGUGCUUGUGGCUGCAUCAUCGUCAGCGCACGCGACUGCCCACGGGCGCAACGACCUGGUCGACGUGGAGCGCGAGCGUCUGCAGCCCGACGCCGAGCGUCACCAGCCGCGGAACUGGCGCCACCGCCAGCGUCAUGGCUUUGGCUUUGGCGUCGGCCGCACCACCACCACCACCACCACCAACAACAACAACGUCCAUGAUAACAAGGACGACAGCAAGGACGACAGCAAGCACCCCACCUCCAUCGAGUGGCAGCAGGGCGGCCCCGCUGAACACGGCGGUGGUGCAGUAACAGGCGGCGGCAUUUUCGGUACGGAUGCUGGCCUAUUUGUGCUUUGA